AACUCAGCUCGGCAGAAAUGAAGUCCGCUGUUGAAAUUUCAUUAAUUUUUAUAUGGUUUUUGGUAGCUGGAAUUUGGGCUCAGGAUACGAUUCCAGAGAUUCCAGUAGAUUAUAUGCCAACCACUACAACAAGAGUAGCAACAACGUUAGCUACGUCAACAGAGGAACAAACCACGCCAACAACCGAAUCCACCACGACUACAACAACUGAUCCUACUACAACUUCAACAUUGGAGCACACUACAUCUACAAUAACUGAUCCUAUUACAACUUCGACAACAGAACACACCACAACUUCAACAACAGUACCAACCACAACUGCAACAACAGAACCCACCACAACUUCAACGACAAAAUCCACCACAACUUCAUCAACACACAGGGCACCAAUUAAUCCGACCUACCGACCUCCCCACGUGCAACCCACUUACACUUCUAAAAAGCCUUGGGUAGUGAUGGAACCGGUGGAAAGGUGUUUUCUGAGAAACCAGCUGGAGUUCAGUACUUGCUGGCAAAACCCACCGACGACGAGCUGUUAUCGCUGCUGCUACUAUUACGACAGCCAUAUCAUCAAAUGUAAUAAGCUUCACCAUGGGCCAUGUGGGUGGUAUGAUCGGAGGCAGUUGAAAGUUCACGUUAACUGGAAACAAGUGUAAUAAAAACAAAACAAACAUAAAUAAAUUAACAUCAAAAAAUAAUCAAUUUCAGUAUUCACUGUUAUAAGUACCUGCUCACCGUUGUUUACUCAACCAAAUAUUUUUAAAGUGCCAGCAUCU